AUGCGACUGCUACUUUUAUUAGUACUAAAAUCCACUCUCGUCAUUUUACCAUUUACAGCUGCUUUAACUCUAGGUAUCUUUCUCGCAGCAUGUAGUCCACGUCUCACACAUCGUCCACAUCAUUUAGCACCAAUUAGUGAAUUGGGUGUAAAUGCAUUUGGAUUAUUUGUUACGGGGUUUACAUUGACAUCAAUUCAAAUGACAGUUAUAAUUGUUGCAUGGUGGUCUCUGGUCAGACAACAUUUACAUCAAAUAUCCCAGACUUCAAUUCUGAAUCAUUUGUCAUUGAUUUUGGGUUUGAUAGCUGUUGUAUUCUGUCUGUUGAUGGCUUAUACAGUUAAUACUUCUGUCAAAGCACAUAUGACUGGAGCAUUUGGAGUGUUUGGCUUGCUGGUCAUCUAUGAAUUUCUUCAGUUUAUACAGCUGAUUCGACUGAGAUCGAAACAUUCGUUGUAUCAAGACAGUUAUACAAUUUUUGCAAUACUAUGGAUAGCACUUUGUGUUCUGUGUGGUGCCAUAUCAGCCGGUGUUUGGAUUGGAACAUUUAAUUCAAUACCGGAGUAUUUAGCUGCUGGUUUUCCAUUUGUGUUUUCAUUUGCCUUUGCUAAAUAUUUUUGGAUGGAUGCUAGAAGAACAGCGAAGGAAAGACGAGAACGAGCAGAAUUGCCGACUAUUAGUUCUCUCGCUCAUUUAACAAAAUAA